GUAAGCUCCAGGUCCAUCUCACAUGUCCAGUGUUGUCACACUAAUAAAGAUUCCCAUGGCUCUCUGCUGCCAAGAUGUCCAAUGACAUACCUUCCUGUUUGCACAUGGAACCCAGGUCCUCUUUGUGCACCCUUGAUAUCCUCAGCAAAGAGUAAUUUCAUUGAUUCAUCCCCAGAGGUGUCCAGUUUAGUGAGGGGGGCUCGUGUGUUGGCAAGGAGAGAAACUGAUGGCUAUUACUACCUGGGCCACAUUGCCCAAGAGGUGAAGGGCUCCAGGGAACGCUUUGUAAUUGAGUUUGACAAAAGUCGUGCUCGAAAAGGCAAGGUACAGCUCCGCCUGCAGGAAACGCCUCUCUACGACAUUCUCCACUACGAGGAUGCCAGGAGACGGCGUCUCGCUCCGGGAGACAGGGUCUUGGCACCGUGGGAGGCUAGAGCUGAACGUUUUGGCCCCGGCACUGUGCUGAAGGUUGUGGAGAGCAAGGAGGCACAUUUAGCACGCAACAGAAGUGGAGUGCUUGUGAAUUUCUGGAAUGGGCAGACCAAGGAGGUGUCUUCUGACCAAGCUCUGCAGAUUCCUCUGCCCUUAAGCGAACGCAUCAUCCUAGAACUGCAGAUGCCUUUAGCAGCCAGGCAGAUGGUGGUAGAUUCAAGCUUACAUUACCCAUACAUUGUGACACCGGGUUACAGAGCCUCAGGCCACUACAGACUGGGUCACUCAGACCUGGACUGCUGGCCAGGGGGUCUGUACUCAGCUCAUCUGUGUGCUAAGUGCAGCUGGGAGUGUCCCUCGCUCCCCCGGUGCUGCCUGGCAGCCUGGGAACCCACACGGCCUGUAGGGUGCAAAGUGCAGCAGGAAAAUGCCUUCAUCCCAGGAACAGGCUUGGCUGAAGAAGUACCCAGCAAGAAAAUAGAAGAGGAACUGUCUGAAUUGAGAAUUACAUCUUCAGAAAGUGUUUCCAGAGAGGAAGAGAAAAAGGAAGAGAAGAGAUUAGAGACAGAAAAUGUUCCAAAAGACGUUUGGUCUUGUUUGGAAGAGGACAGUGAGUUUAUAGAACCUAAGAAGGGUGCUCAGAGGGAGAUGGCUCAUGCUAUGGUUGAUACUGCUGUUAACACAGACAGCUGGUUAAUGGAGACAGAUCACAAGGAGGAACCAGAGAGCAGGCAGCAGGAUGCUGAAACUGAAGCUAAUUUUAAACACCAGCAUGGUCUUUUUGAGUCCAGAGUGGCAGAAGCUCCAGUCCAGCAUUCCCUAAGGAGCCCUUCCCUGGGAACCAGUGCUUUGGUUCCUUUCAGGCGCCAAAGCUUCUUUGACCAAGUGAAUCAAUCACUAGAGAAAGACAGCCUGACCAUCAGAUCAGCUCUACGUGUACAGAGACCACACAGUACCACCAAUGUGCUGGCUAGGAGAUCCACAAAACUUCUAAGCCUUCUAAAACACAAAAGCAUUACAAAAUCAAUCCUUAAUGGUGCAUCUCAGGAGAGAUGGAAAGAGAUGGGCUUCGACAGAGCCAAGACUGAGCACAAAAGGAGGAAAGAGGAACAGAGGCAGCUGAAGAGGGAGCAGCAGCAAGAGGCAGAUGGCAUCCAGCACCAGCUGCACAAGGACAACCAGAGGCAACAGUUGCGUCAGAGAACAUUGCAAGGGCUGGAGAAACAGCUGGAGCACAAAGAGAGAGCUUUGCAGCACAUGGCACUGCUCCAGGCUGCUGGGGCUGAGAGGAGCAGGAAGGAAUCCUCCUUUCAAGAGGAGGGGAAGAGGAAGGCAAGUCAGAGGCUUCAGUUCUUAAAGACACAGAGUUCACAGAGAGAGGAGUUGCAGGCAGAAUGCAAUGAAAGGAGCUUUGAACAAGAGAAAGAAAGGCUGGAGUUUCUGAGGAGUUUCUGCAGUCACAGCAGGAAAUGUUGGAACAAGAACCACGGGAGCAGGACGAGCAACAAAACCAGCACCAGGCUGCCAAAGUGAGAGUGUUCCAGAGCGGAGACCGAAGAUCGGAAGAUGGAAAAAGAAGACCAAAAAAUCCGUGACCUCCAGCAGUACCUCGGAGAACAGUCCCCUUUGCUGCUUCGGGCAUCCCUGCUAGUGUAAGGAAGCUGCAGAGUAGGGGAGAGGCCCUCAAGCAGUUCACACACCUGGUCUUUGUCUUGUAGGUGUGACUCAGUGUGACUCAGUGUGCUACAGUUGUGACAAGUGGAAUUACAAUUCCCGGAGAGGUCUUUAAUCUCCCUUUCAUUGCAGCCAGAGUGCAUGUCCACUGCUCUGUGCUUUACAUGCCUUUCUUUCUGGAGUUACUAUUCUGGUUCACCAGCCUGGGCUUCAGGUAAGUACAGAUCUUCUACUGUCAGGGUGUAGGUACUGCUUGAGAUGUGCUGGCCACUCCUUUAGAGGAGGAAUGACUUUUAGAAGCCCAAAAUACAAAGUGGUGUGGGGGUUUUUGUUUGGUUGGUUUUUCUUUGGUUUUUUUAAUGACAAGCUCCCCUUUCUAGGCACUGUGAUGACAAAAAGGUCUGAUCUGUGAAAUAACUGUCUUUGGAGAGUCACCAAACCCAGCGGUGGGCUUGGGUUUCUGUUUGGCCUACAGUCUCACUGGCAGGCUGGCAGUCUCCAAAGUGGGUCAGAAAGAUGCUCGGAUACCU